AUGCACAAUAUUCUCAAACCGAAGUUAAUCGCUGCUCCAGAUGCACAUAGUUUACUACCAUUUUUGUCCCAGGAUAACAGCUGUUCUGAGAAAUACCAGUGCUGGGGUAAACAUGCUCCUUGCUAUUUUGUUGAACUAGACUGCCUUGAACUUUGCCAAGGUUGUGCGUUUUCUCGAUCAUUGCAUACUCUUCUUUGUGCAAAAAAACACCAAGCACUCUUCUUCAUUGUAUCAGUGAAAAUGCAACCAAAAAGGACUUUGACACGUGAAUAUGGUUUGCGUAAUCAAAAACGACAUUUUCACACUUUCCUUCACCUCAUACUCCGUAACCUUCAAAAUACUGGAGUGUACUGGGCUAUAGACGAAAGAUCUCAAAAAGUGUUGGAUUUUGAUUUGUUGUGUCAAAUUAUGAUUGGCUGGUCUAUGAAGCUGUCAUUUGUCUUUGAUAAUUUGCUUUAA